AUGGCUUGGCUGACUAAUUCCAUGGAACCACAGAUUGGCCAAACCUAUCUGUUCUUUGAUAUUGCCAAAGAAAUUUGGGAUGCUAUUCAACAGAAUUACUCCGAUCUGGAGAAUACCUCUCAAGUUUUUGAACUGAGAAAUAAGUUGAGAGACUUUUGUCAAAGGGGUAUGACUGCUACUGAAUAUUUUACUGCACUAACGAAUUUAUGGCAGGAAUUGGAUCUUAAUUAUGUAUCUGAUCUUAAGGGAUUGGAAGCUAAUACCCAAUUUAAAAAACACUUGGAGAAGGAAAGACUGUAUGAUUUCCUUGCCGGAUUCAACCGAGAUCUUGAUGAGGUUCGUGGUCGAAUAUUGGGGCAGCGACCGUUACCUUCACUUGCUGACGCAUUUGCUGAAGUUCGUCGAGAAGCCAGUAGACGGAGAGUUAUGCUGGGAGAAAAGGAGUCGCUUGAUAAGUCUGAUGAUAUGUCUGCAUUAGCUGCCAACCGUACCAUUGACCGUUCCUCCGGAGAAUCAAAACGGGAUGGUCGUCUAUGGUGCACCCACUGCAAUAAAAUUGGUCAUACCCGUGAGAAAUGUUGGGAAAUCCAUGGGAAACCUGCAAAUUGGAAGCCCAAAGGACAAAAUAAAGGUCGUGCCUAUCAGGUCUCUACUGAUGACAAGGUUGAUGAGCCUUAUGCAUCCUCUGACUCUGAUGGUGUCUUUCUUAGCAAGACUCAGUUUGAACAACUUCAGAGACUUUUGACUCAACCUCCUAAGGCCACUACCGACAUGCAUAGGCCCAACCACUGGGUCCAGUCAAAAAAGUCUACUUCUAGAAGGCAGCAUAGGAUUCCUCCUCUUCCCCAUGCACAUGGCUACCCCUACAUACAGGUAGGGGUUCAGCAUGCCUCGCCUGAAAAGGCUAGGCUGGCUAGGUUGACUAGAGCUCCCACUCUAAACACCCCCUCUCACAUUGAGGAAGAGGUUCUUCUCCUCCAUUCAGCUUCAUGCGCUGCUACCAUGGAGAGCAAUCCUAUCCAUGAAAGAAAAUGGCCUUGA